UUUAGUGGUCAUACUUAUAUAGAAUUGUAGUAUGUAUCGAUUUCUGUUCAUCACUUUUUUUUGCUAGACGAAAAUGUAUUUAAUGGGCCAGUGAAAGAAAAAAAUGUAUAACAUGACAAAAAUUCGUAACUGGUGCGGGAAAUAAAGAAUAAAUACUGCAAUUCAGGAUAAAUUUUAAAUUUUACAUGAAUUGAAUUGAAGUCAUCACAAAAUUUUCCUAUUACAUUAUAAAAUCGAUAAGAAGCACACUUUUCUUCAUUGAGAAAUUUUCUCAAUAAUUAUUAAAUCUGCAGUCAUCCCCCUUUUGCCUUGUCUAACCUCAAAAAAAAAAAAGAAAAACUAAAGAAGCAACAUAAAAUUCAGCUGUCGUAUAGUAAAGAAAUUUGAACACCAUCGCCACCUUCAUCGCUUUGAAAAAAAAGAAAAAGAAAACAUUUUGUAGUAGACUCAUCACGAAUUGGAAAAGAUUUUAAAGCCAUCAUGUCAUUCUUAAAUAAAAUAAAAGCGUCCCAAUUGCCACCAAUUAAAAAUAUCUUUAAUGUAGCGGUACAAACGGCCCGUCAACAUAUGCCCGAAAAGAAGGACUAUGAACAGCCAGGUGGAGUUAGUAGUAUGGCACAACCGAAUCAGCAGCAACAGCAUCACGAUAAUCAGCCAAAUAACACACAGGCCAUGUAUCAGGGCGAUGAAACUAAUUACGGCACUGCUGACAGACCUACCGAAUUGAAUCCCUUUAGAAAUCCAAAUGGUUGGGCGGAUGACGGCGAGGCCAGUGAUUAUAAGGGAGAAGGUUAUCAGACCACCUCAUUUGUGGCCAACGAAUAUGAUGGCAGAUAUCAACAAGAUGGUUUUAGACAGGGCAGUAUCGCCUCCGAAGGCAGCUCGUUUGUGUGCGAAGGUGAAGGUGGCGGUGGUCAUAAAAUCGAUGAAAUGCAAGCUGCCUGGAAUGUAACUAACGCCAUACAGGGUAUGUUUAUUGUGUCCCUGCCAUUUGCGGUGCUACAUGGAGGUUACUGGGCCAUAAUUGCCAUGGUGGGUAUUGCCUACAUUUGCUGUUACACGGGAAAAGUGUUGGUGCAGUGCCUGUAUGAACCAGAUCCGGCUACGGGACAGCUGGUGCGUGUACGCGACAGUUAUGUGUCUAUAGCGAAAGUAUGUUUCGGUCCCAGGUUGGGAGCACGAGCUGUAAGUAUUGCCCAGUUAAUCGAAUUACUAAUGACUUGCAUUUUGUAUGUGGUCGUAUGCGGUGAUUUAAUGGCCGGCACAUAUCCACAAGGUGCAUUCGAUUCGCGUUCCUGGAUGAUGUUGAUUGGUAUAUUUUUACUGCCAAUGGGCUUCUUGAAAUCACUGAAAAUGGUUUCGACUCUGUCCUUUUGGUGCACCAUGUCGCAUAUUGUCAUCAAUGUGGUGAUUUUGGGCUAUUGUAUUCUACAGAUUGGCGAUUGGGGUUGGGCGAAAGUGCGUUGGAGCAUUGAUUUCGAAAACUUUCCCAUUUCCUUGGGUGUGAUAGUAUUUUCUUAUACAUCGCAGAUAUUUUUACCCACUUUAGAGGGAAAUAUGACAGACCGCUCCAAGUUUAAUUGGAUGUUGGAUUGGUCGCAUAUAGCAGCAGCUGCAUUUAAGGCCGGUUUUGGUUAUAUCUGCUUUCUGACCUUUCAAAAUGACACCCAGCAGGUCAUAACGAAUAACCUGCAUUCUCAGGGAUUCAAGGGCUUGGUCAAUGUAUUUUUAGUUAUCAAAGCCAUACUCAGUUAUCCCUUGCCGUUUUAUGCUGCCUGUGAGCUAUUAGAGCGCAACUUCUUUCGCGGUCCACCAAAGACAAAGUUUCCAAGCAUCUGGCAUUUGGAUGGUGAGCUUAAGGUCUGGGGUUUGGGUUUCCGUGUGGGCGUUAUACUCUCCACAAUUAUGAUGGCCAUCUUCAUACCACAUUUCUCAAUACUUAUGGGUUUCAUUGGCAGCUUUACGGGUACAAUGUUAAGUUUCAUUUGGCCUUGUUACUUUCACCUAAAGAUCAAAGGACAUCUGUUGGAUCAAAAGGAAAUUGCAAAAGACUACAUCAUCAUUGGUUUGGGCGUGCUUUUCGGUGUAAUAGGCAUCUACGAUUCGGGCAAUGCAUUGAUAAAUGCCUUCGAAAUAGGUCUUCCAUUUUAAACGA